AUGGAGCCAUCCCCAGUGGAUAAUUUGCCGACGCGCUUCGUGAAGAACCAGACGGGCACGGAAGGAGAAGCUAUUUCAUGGGACGCGGUGAAGAAGUUGCGCAUCAAGCAGUCUAGCGCCGACAACCCCAUCCAUUUGCAUGAGAUUGAGAUCUAUGGGUGCGAUGGCAUCAACUAUGCCUUGCCAGAGAACGGAGGUACCGCAUGCCAAUCCUCCAUGCACGGCUCAGGUGAUGGCUAUGGCCCAGCCGAGUUUGUGAUUGACGGCCGCCGCAAUGGACCAGUGAAUCACACGAAGCACGCGGCAAAUGGUUGGCUUGAAGUGGAGCUGGCCGCAGCAACUGCAGUGGAGAGCUUCGCGAUCUUCAACAUGAGCGAUGAUGAGUACGACCAUCGCGUCCGACUCAACGGCCACACCGUGGAACUGUUGGACGAAUCUGACCAAAUCGUGUACCAACAGCAGAUUACCAUGGAGGAGGAUGGCGCUUUGUUUGACAGAAAGAAGGGCUGCAAGCAGCUGUGGGUGAACGAAGAUGCCAAGUCCGUUGUCGCGAACUUGAGCAUUGAGAAGGGUGUGUUGGGCCACGCCAAAAUCAUCGCUACCCAGAUGAGUGGCACACACAUUGCGUCUAUCUCCAUAGAUGCGGAAUGGCCGCAGUUCUCGGCGAACGUGUGCAACAGCAUCGCGGAAGAAUCCCAGAUUCCAGCCUACAAUUUGCGCCUACUUCUGCCGGACGGCCGCCUCUUAAGGCUGCACGACGAUGAGGAGAUGCCGGGAUAG